AUGUACCCAAUACAGGAAGACAAGGAGAUAAAUAGAAGCUCACGUCUCAAUCCAAAAAUAGCUACACUAUCGGACAAGCGGUUCAAAAAACUAAUCAGCAGCCUCAGGUUAAAGCCAGAGGAUUUCCACAAGCAAGGAAGUUUGGUGCAAUAUACAACCCGGUACAAUGAAGUCAGAAACACGAGAAAAGUCGAGGAAUUCCUGACAGUCACCACCAUCUAUAAAGGAUGCGAGAGGAUAUGUGACAAGAUGGCCCUGGAAGGACUACCAUUGCUGCUGCAAGGAAUUGCACAGAUCUGGUGGCAAGGGAUCAAAGAUCAAAACUCCAGAUGGACACAAGUCAUUACAAGGAUAUGUGAAGCCUUUGCACCCAAACGACCAUACUACAAGGUAUGCAUGAAUAUUUUUGCCAAGACCAAGGAACCCAGGACUUCGACGGAAGCUUUCCUAUGUUCGACCAACUUAGUAGGAAAAUUUACUCAGAGCGUGAGAAGAAUAGUGCAAGAUGUCAAGGAUGAAGGGACAGCUACAGGAGCGACAAAGGAAGAAGUCAUCGAUACUAAUGAGCGAUUACGAGCAGUCAGAGUACGCAUGGACGAGUCCUACGAUACUGCCAAAAAAGCUUUAGUUGGUCUGAUGGGAAAGUACAAUGAGAGCAAGAACGUUCAUAACAUAUUUCAGAGAUACACUAUGCUCAAAGCAAUGAUUAAGCGUGACAAACAAUUUUCCGGUCCUGUGAUUGUUGACACCGCAUUAGACAUUGUUUUACUCUCCAAGGAUAAUGGUGAAUCCAGAGUUAAUCGUCAUUUUCCCUCGAGAAGAUACGGAUGUCCUUCAAAACUCUCGUCGAGAAAAUAUACGCCGGAAAGCGAAGUAUCCGAUAAAGAAGCUUGGGGCGAAUUUGUAAUUUGCAGACAUCUGGAAAGUGGAUUUUUCGACGUCGUGGAACAGAAUUAUCAGUUUUACGGGUUCAAUUAA